AUGUGCGAUAGCAAGGACGGAGUCACACUUUUUGAUCUCACGUCUGGCGCCUCUGCUGCACCUGCUGCCGAUGCUGACAGUGUUCGCUCGCAGUGGACCACGCGCGAUGCUGCUGCCCAUCUUGCUAUUCGCAGUCACCUGCCGUCUGCUGAGCGCGCACACUUUAGCCAGUACAAGACCGCUUGGACUCUGUACGACGCUGUUGUUGCGCGCUACUCCUCCCCUGCCACUGCUGCCCUUACCCGCCUCAUGCUGCCGUACCUGUUCCCUGACCUAGCUGCUUUUGCCACAGUCGCUGACCUCAUUACGCACCUCCGCACUAGUGACACCCGCUACCGCGUUGCGCUUCCUGCCGAGGACCACUUCCUCUCCCUUUGCCCCACCACGCUCACCGUUGACCGCCUCGAGGAGCGCCUCCUUGCAGCAGAGAAGAGUAUAGUCGCUGUAGGAGCCUCUCGUGGUGACCCUCGUGCCCCCUUCUUUGAGGGGUGCUCCCCCGUCCCUCUUUUGCCCUCUGUUGCUUCUGCUGCUGCUGUCGACCUCGUUGGCACCGAUCGGGGGAUUGCUAUCUUUGAUCUUGAUUAUGAUGCUAUCCUUGCUGCUAUGUAUGCUGUGUCUAUUAGUGCUGAGGGUGACUGUUACCUGUGUAUUCCGCCCGACCCGGGCAUUGGGGCUGCUGCUCUAGGUGGUAGUGCGUCUUCUGCUCCAGGUGCUGGUGAGUCUGCUGCCCCAGGUACGGAUGAGUCUGCUCUCUCAGGUACCGCGUCGGCUCAGGCCUUGCACACUUUCACCCUUGACUCGGGUGCUUCCCGCUCCUUCUUUCGCGACUGCACCACACUCUCGCCGCUCAGUCGGCCAGUGGCAGUUUCUUUGGCUGACCCCUCUGGGGGUCCAGUCCUUGCACACUCCUCCACGGUCAUGCCGUGUCCGGCGGUCCCGUAUGGCUCUCUGUCUGGCCUCCACCUCCCCUCGUUCUCCACAAACUUGGUGAAUGGAGCUGACCUUCAGGACGCGUGGGUUGACCAGUUCACUCCUGGAGGUCAGCGGGUGACCCACUGUUCGUGUACUCGGACGGGCCGGCACCUGGCCACGUUCACCCAUCAGCCUGGGUCGAGCCUGUACACCCUGACUACUGUGUCUCCUCAGGUUGCUGAGUCUGGUCAGGUAGCUGCGUUGGGUCAGGUGUUUGCUGCAGCGUCCUGGUCUGGUCCUGAGUCUGCCCCCUACUCGUGUCGCCUCCUGUGA